AUGGAGGCAGAAAGGUUGUCGUUUGUGAAAAAUAAUCAGAAGAGUUUCAGGGCUGAUAAUGUGAAGAAUUUACGAGGUGCAGCAGAUCGAGGAGAUACGGAAGGUUCAUCAACCGGUAGUCGUAUAGUCAUACCCGCUUCAUUCACUGGAGGACAUAGUUACAUGAGGGAAAACUAUCAAGAUGCAAUGGCCAUUUGUAGAUGCUAUGGUUACCCAGAUUUGUUUAUAACGUUCACAUGUAAUCCAAAGUGGCCAGAAAUCAAUCGAUUUGUGUCAAAGAGGGGGUUAAGACCGGAAGAUAGGCCUGACGUAAUAUGUCGAGUCUUUAAGAUGAAACUCGAUCAGUUGGUUAAGGAUUUGAAGGACCACAAUAUAUUUGGCAGAGUUAGAGCUGUUGUUUAUACAGUGGAAUUUCAAAAACGUGGUCUGCCACACGCACAUAUACUUCUUUUCUUGCAUCGUGACGAUAAGUUUCCUGAUGCCGAAGCAAUAAACAAAAUUAUAUGUGCUGAACUUCCGGACAAGGAUGAAAAUCCAGAACUAUACGAUGUUGUCUCUGAGUUUAUGAUGCACGGUCCUUGCGGUGCUUUGAAUCACAAUGCUCCAUGCACGACAGAUAAGAAGUGCACGAAGCAUUUUCCAAAGAAAUUCACUGAACAAACAACAAUUGAUGAAGACGGCUAUCCUGUGUACAGGAGAAGAGAUACUGGAGUCAAUGUUGAAAAAAAUGGCGUUAUGCUUGACAAUGGAUAUGUUGUCCCUCAUAAUCGUGAAUUACUUUGUAAGUAUCGUGCACAUAUAAAUGUCGAGUGGUGCAACCAAUCUAGGUCCAUCAAGUAUUUGUUCAAGUAUAUAAAUAAGGGGUACGAUAGAGUAACAGCAGCAGCAUAUCAAAACCGGCAAAACUCUGAUGAUCCCGAACAAAUUGAUGAAAUUAAAAUGUAUUAUGAUUGUCGUUACAUAUCCCCAUGUGAAGCCAUGUGGAGGAUAUUCGGGUUCCCGAUUCAUUACAGAACUCCAGCUGUCGAACGUCUAAGUUUUCAUCUACCUAACGAGCAGACUGUUGUUUUCACUGAUGAAGAUCAUUUAGGAGAUGUCCUUGAAAGACCUGGCAUUGAGCGAACGAAAUUUCUGGCGUGGAUGGAGUGCAACAAAAAAUAUGCUGAGGCUCGAGAAUUAAGCUACGUUGAAUUCCCUACAAAAUUUGUCUGGCAGCAAAAGGAACGUGAGUGGACACCCAGAAAACAAGGCUUUUCCAUAGGAAGAAUCUAUCAUGUAAACCCUGGAGCAAGUGAAAAAUUCUACUUAAGGACAUUGUUGAAUUUUGUGAAAGGUGCAACAUGUUACGAAGACAUACGCGUUGUUGAUGGGGUACUACAUCCAACGUUUAAAGAAGCAUGUUAUGUCAGGGGUUUGUUAGAUGAUGAUAAAGAGUAUGUUGAUGCCAUAAUAGAAGCAAGCUUCAGAGAAUCGGGACAACAUUUACGUAAUCUUUUUUGCAUGCUCCUAUUGUCGUGUAGUCUGACAAAGCCUAAUCUUAUCUGGGAAAAGACAUGGCACCUUCUUUCUGAUGAUAUCCUUCACAGGCAACGCAGACUCCUACAAGACAAAGAUUUGCGCCUAAGUGAUGAACAACUGCAAAACUUUGCGCUAGCAGACAUUGAAGCUAAGCUACAAAGUAAUGGCAGCACAUUACGUAAAUUCAGCGAAAUGCCAUAUCCUAAUGAUCUGAUCAUAGAAGACGGUCAAAACAAAAUGAUAAUGGACGAGCUUUCCUAUGACCGAGGGAAGUUAGAAGAGGAGUUCCAGCGACUGUUUCAAGGAUUAACAACUGAGCAACGUGGAAUUUACAAUGAAAUUAUGUCAGCUGUAUCACGAGGAAAAGGAGGGGUGUUCUUUGUAUAUGGAUACGGAGGAACAGGUAAGACGUAUCUUUGGAGAUUGUUGUGUGCCUCAUUAAGGCGUAAAGGAGAUAUCGUUUUGCCAGUCGCAUCAAGCGGAAUAGCUUCUUUAUUGCUUCCUCGAGGAAGAACUGCUCAUUCCAGGUUUGGACUUCCGUUAAAUGUUGCUGAGAACUCAACAUGUGUUGGCAUUAAGCCAGGCUCGGACUUAACUGGACUCCUUAUGAAGACAAAUUUAAAGGAUGUUAUGCGGUCUGUGAAUCCUGCAAAUCAAGAUAUCCCAUUUGGUGGCAAGGUUGUAGUUUUUGCUGGUGAUUUAAGACAAAUAUUACCCGUGGUGCCUAAAGGAAGCAGACAAGACAUUGUCUUCUCGGCAAUAAAUAGUUCUUACUUAUGGGACUUUUGCCGAGUACUUAGGCUGACAAAGAACAUGCGCCUCACAACAGGUUCAAGUAAUUCAAAUGUUGAUGAAAUUAGAGAAUUUUCAGAAUGGAUACUCAAUGUUGGAGAUGGCAAAGUCGGAGAUCCAAAUGAUGGUGAGGCCGAUAUUGAAAUACCCCAUGAAAUGUUGGUAGAUGGGGGAGAUGACCCUAUUGCGACAAUAGUAGAAAAAAGAGCUUACUUGAGUUCAGAUGCAAUUUCAGUGGAGGAAGGAAAUUUUGGAAUUCAUGAGAUGUAUUCAACAGAGUUCCUAAAUACAAUAAAAUGCGGAGGAUUACCAAACCAUAGUAUACGACUGAAGGUUGGAGCACCAGUGAUGCUCCUAAGGAAUAUUGAUCAAAGUUCUGGGCUAUGUAAUGGCACAAGAUUGGUCGUUAAGCACUUAGGCGAUCGUAUUAUAGAGGCUAUUGUGGUAUCUGGUAGUAAUUUGGGCAAUAAGGUCUUCAUUCCACGAAUGACGCUUACUCCGUCAGACUCAACAAAAUUUCCCAUCAAGUUCCAACGGAGACAAUUCCCUUUGGUUGUGUGCUUUGCAAUGACAAUCAAUAAAAGUCAAGGACAAUCACUUUCUCAUGUUGGCCUAUAUCUUCCUCGGUCUGUUUUCAGCCACGGACAAUUUUAUGUGGCCGUAUCAAGAGUUACUAGCAAGAAGGGUUUGAAAAUUUUAAUAGUUGAUAAAGAACGUGGAACAUCAAAUGUUACCACGAACGUAGUGUACAAAGAAGUAUUUCAGAAUGUUGGUUAAAUACUCUUAUUAUUAAUGUUACUCAAUAAUUAAUUUUUAUUUUCAUCCA